UUCUUAUCAUAUUCUAAGGAGCAGAAAAGAAAAAAAAAUAGGAGGAGAAUACAGUACCAGAAAGGUAACUGAUGGUUUCACCCAAAUCAAUCAAUAUUUGAGUGCCGCACGUUGAGACAAGAGACAACAUCUGAUAAAAGGUCCUUUUACGGAACACUGAAGCAACGGAUUCUAGGAAAACGGCGAUUUCGCCAGCGUUUAGGACUCGUACGGCUAGUCAAGAAAAUGUCUGUUCGUGGCAUAUUAAGUUGGGCGAGAGGCACCGCCACCGAGACUGUCACCCAGGCCGUGGAGUUGGGGAGAACGUCCUUGGCAUGGUCGGAACUCUCCGAGAACACGGGACCGGCGCACGAUCACGAGGACUCGAGCUCCGACGGCGAAGGCCUGUCUUCAGCUUCAAGCGGAGGAAACAUGGUAUCCGGCCCUUACAGAGAAGUAAGCGGCUAUGGGGGUCUCAUUUACCCUUAUUCUGUAAUGCGGCCCGCUCGUAGUGGUGACGUGAACAACAAACGUCGCCUGACGUCAUCUAAGAUUAGACGAAAGGAAGGAACGUGUGAGACAUCGCGGAACAAGCAUCGGCCGAGACGCCGGAACGGACAAAGGGUUUUGAAAGACGGCAAGCGUGUCUCGACCAGAGAGGCACCAGUUACGUCAGACUGCCGCCAGCUGCUCUUGCCCGAGUUUGGCGAUUUGUUUCAGGAGAGCAAGACGCGUAGUUACACGGCUUUGCAGCUGAAUCUCGGCCCCCUGUUGGCGGUGUGGUGGGGAGUUGUGUUCGGGCUGGUAGAGUUCCUGCAGGUCAGUGUGGCCUACCCUACCAUCGCGCUCAUCUGUAGCGGGCUGGGCCAACCCGUCAAGACAUGCUUCCGAGAAUUUUUUAAGAUCGGUGCUUACGUCACACAUAGGCUUAUUUGGGCAUUCCUGGACCCAUGGGUACAAUAUGGCGGACAGCUUCUGGCCCAUCAACAAGCUUCAUUUCUCAACUGGGACCACAAUGUGCUGUACCGGUUUGGAUCGAGUAACUAG